AUGGAUGAAAAUAAUAAGCAGAAAGAAGAACAAAAGUCAGACCCAUCCGAUGAUAGUAAUAAACAACAGGAAAGCAAUAUUGUCCCAAUUCUGGCUCCUCAGUACUACUCUGCUGAAGAAAAAGUUGAGGUUAAGUUCUGGGGCAGGUUUGUGAAAGCACUUUUCUGAUGAGGUUCUCAUAAAUAAAUGCCACAGAAGGAAGAAAAUUAAGAAUAAAGUUUUAAGUAAAUUUAUGAGCCCAGUUAAGAAUCAAGAAAAACUAUUUGAAAAUGAUAAAGAGGCAGAGCCUAUUGACCCUCCUAAGCCAAUCAUUGCUAGUUUGCAGCCUAAAUAAAAGCUUAAGGACUAGAAGGAAUAUGAAACUUAUGAGAGCAAUGAACGAGAUUGAUGAAAAUCCAGAGGUAUUCUUGUCAAAGCCUGAAGAAGAGAAGAAAACAAGUAAGAAUUCUACAGCCAGUGCAGAUCAAAAUCAUGUCCAAAAUCUUUUGGCCAAGUCACGGAGUGCUAGCAAUCGAACUUUGAGCCAGAACAAGUCCUCUGAUAAGCAGGAGAACUCGACAAGUCUUUCUGAUAUGAGAAAUAAUUCAAUGAAUGAAGGAAAGGGAUCUAAUCCUCGAGCUAAAACUGAGAAUUCAAUAUCCAAAAGGUCGUCUCAUCUUGAGCAAGUUCAAGAAAAUGCUUAUAGCCCUUUGAUUCACAAAGUUAAUGACGAUUCUACUAAUAGAAAAGACUCUAAAAAGACUCUCAAAAGCGCAAAUUCUCCUGAAAAGAAGAAAUUUAGUGAUACUUCUACUAAGACAAAGAAUCACCAGAGAAGCAAAAGCUUUACCAAACCUAACUGGAGGCAUAGAAAGGAAUGUAAGAAGAAAACAAUAAAGGAAGAGGCUAGUGAUGGGGCUAAAAGCAAGCAUAGCAAACACAGCAAGCAUAGUAAACACAGCAAGCACAGUGGUCCCAGCAAUCAUAAACCUCACCAUCAUAAACACCACCAUAAACGGAAGCAUUGUAGUAAGAAGAACUUGUCGAAGAGUCCUUCCUCUAGUUCAAAAUCUGGAAGUCAUAGCUCUAAUCCUAAAAAUAUUAGUACCCUGCAGAAACAAAUGACUUUGACUCGGAACUACAACGCUCAGAACCUCAAAAUGAAAGCUGAAGAGCUUGUACAGCGAAGAGUUAAGAGAGAACUUAGAAAACACACUGAGGAUCUUACCUUAGAGAAGUUAGUGGCACAGAAAGAAAAUGAAGAAUAUGAAUCAGAUGCAGAUCAUGCUCGCACUCCAACAAAUAUUGGCAACAUUCGAAGGCUCUAUAGGCACCAUCAUAAAAAUAGUGUAUCAAAGCCAUUGACAGAGGAUAGUGAAGAGGAUAGAACUUUAAGUGGGAUGAUGAGUUCUCCACAUAAAUAGUCCUAAACAUUGCAGAGUCAGCGAGAACGUCUCCAGACUCAUGGACGAUAAACGAAGUACUAUUAAAGAACAAGUUGAGGAUGAAGAAGAAUUUACUGGAAGCAGUUUAAAUAUAUCUGGAAAUCUACAUUUUAUUCAAAGCAGUAAGAGAUGUAAAAAGAAGAAGGAUUCAGAGCCUUGAAGUAAAUCUUCAAAGCAAACCUCUCUAAGAAAGAAUUCAGAUAUUCUGAUUCUAACAGACCAGUCUUCUCCUAUAAAAAUUUUUGAAAAGCCCAGAAAAUACACAGAAAAUAUCCUGGAAAGUAAGCCAAAGAAAUCAAAGAAAAAGCAGAGCACCAACGAGAAAUCUACCACGCUUGAAGGAACAUCUGGUGUUUCUCCUUUCAUUCAGUCAAGGAAGGAUUCUGGGUUUGGUGAAUUAGUAAGUUCUAUGAUAUCAACACCUUUGAUGCAGGCAAGUCCAUCCAAAAGAGACAUUCCUAAGAAAGAUGAGAAUCCUUUUAGCAUCUCUCAAAGUAAACAUUUGAUUUUCAGGAGUUUAGCUAGUGGAAAGCUCGAUCCGAGACCAGCGAUGGAUGACCCGGCUCCAUAAUUUAAAGCAUCAAACUGGGACCAAUUUUUAGCAGCUUCGGUUGCUCCUAUUAUUAAUCUAAGAUUCUUUUUAAGCAUCUGUCUUUCCUGCGAAUGGGUUGAAUUGCUAGUCAU